AACUUGGUAAUAUCACAGUAAUAUCGCUACUCAGAACUCGUAGCGGUCGGGGCCGGCGAGGUGUUUACAACGGAAUUGAGUCGGGGUUAAAAUGUUAAAGUAUGAACGCACUUAAGUGUAUUUAUUGUUCAUUUGGGCUUCAUUUACGUUCGCGUAAAUUUGGUAAAUUAACAGCAGAAAACAGGAACGUUUCUGAUAAGUUUUGGAGGCAAAGUCUCUCAGGGCAUAACCUACUAAACCACCGUAACGUUAAUGGACUUGCAUCAAACACACAUGAAGCAUCUUCUGCCGACGUUGAAUCUCACUCCGGAAUUAUGACGAAGGCAAAGAAAGCUUUUACAGACAUUAGCGAAGGGCCUAAUCUAAAAGAUUUCAUAAGAUCAGGUUGUGACUCAUACGUGGUUGAGGUUGACGAUAUCCCUUAUUUAAAACAAAGUUUUGGGAACAAUAGAAAAGUUUUCUUUGAGAUUUAUGGAUGUCAAAUGAAUGUCAACGACACAGAAAUAAUUUGGUCGAUUCUCAAACAAGCUGGAUUCCAGAAGAUCGACAAUGUACAAGAGGCAGAUGUUAUUUUGAUUGUGACUUGCGCCAUUCGAGAUGGCGCGGAACAAAAAAUAUGGCAUAAACUGGAACACUUGAAGGGAUUGAAACGGUCACGAACACAGAAAAACAAAGCACCAUUGAAAGUUGGUCUGUUAGGAUGCAUGGCUGAGCGAUUGAAGCAUAAAAUUUUUGAAAUGGAUCAAACAGUAGAUCUCAUAGCGGGUCCGGACAGCUACAAAGAUUUACCUCGACUUCUGAGUAUAGUAGAAAAAAACGACACAGCAGUCAAUGUGAUUUUGUCUUGGGACGAAACCUAUGCCGAUGUAAGGCCAGUCCGACUUAAUCAAGAUGCUGUCACUGCCUUUGUUUCGAUUAUGCGAGGGUGCGACAACAUGUGUUCAUAUUGCGUAGUUCCGUUUACACGUGGUAGAGAGAGAUCUCGACCGAUCGAAAGUAUAUUAAAUGAAAUUUCUCACUUAUCCGACCAGGGUGUCAAAGAAGUAACUCUGCUGGGGCAGAAUGUGAACAGUUAUCGUGAUUUAUCGGAAUCAAAGUUUACAAUGGGUGGAAAUGAAUCUAGCACUAAAUUGUCGGAGGGUUUUAAAACCGUUUAUAAAACAAAAACUGGUGGCUUGAGAUUCGCCGAUCUUUUAGACAAAGUUUCUCGCAUCAAUCCGGAAAUGAGGAUCAGAUUUACAUCGCCACAUCCAAAAGAUUUUCCAGACGAAGUCUUGCGGCUUAUAGCAGAAAGGCCCAACAUAUGCCGUAGUAUACACCUACCUGCGCAAAGCGGCAGUUCAAAAGUAUUGGAUAGAAUGAGGCGAGGUUAUACCAGAGAGGCUUAUCUUACUCUUGUCGAUAAGAUACGAGAUAUAUUGCCAGGUGUCACUUUAUCGAGUGAUUUUAUUUGUGGUUUUUGCGGUGAAACUGAAGAGGAGUUUGCCGAUACCAUUUCACUGAUGCGAAUCGUUAAAUACAAUAUCGGGUAUUUAUUCGCCUACAGCAUGAGAGAAAAAACCACCGCACAUCGGCGAUAUCAGGACGACGUUGAACAGACGGUGAAAAUGAGCAGACUUCGUGAAAUGAUUCAGGUGUACCGAAAAGAAGCAGAGAAAUUAAAUCAUGCGGAGAUAGGUCAAUAUCAUCUGGUGCUCGUCGAAGGGAGAAGUAAAAAAUCCGAGUUCUACUUGGAAGGUAGAACCGAUGGAAACAUCAAAGUCAUCAUUCCUGCCGGAGAGAUAGAGGAUAGCGGAUCUUCGAACGAAACUCGUAUUAUCAAGCCAGGCGACUACGUGCUCGUACAAAUACUGAACGGUAAUUCACAGGUACUCAAAGGGAUUCCACUCCAUCAUUCGUCAAUUACUCAAAGCACUGUGAAUGAAAACCGCCGAAAAAAUACAAUGUAUGAUCGCUCAUAAACAGAAAUGUUGAUUGAUUAUAAAUUAUUAGGAUUGUAAUUAGGUAUCAGUUUGUCAAACAUUGUACAUACAUAUAUGUAGAUAUGAAAAAGAAUAGAUCUAUAUAAUCAUCCGUAAAAAAUAAAUAAUCUUUUAUUAAACAA